AUCCCACGAAGCUCGCCCACGCGGGAGUGGGACGUCCCACGGAGACUGCGCCCAGUGGAGGAGCGCUCCCCUCACGCGCGCUGCUUCCAGUCUUCCCGAGGACUGCCGUCUCGAACUGCGGUCAUGAUCCUGGACGGCGGGAACAGGACGGUGCCAGGAGUGCGAGCGGGGCGUCACGACAUGGCCACGCUGUCGCUGAAGAUCAGCGUGCCGGAGAACAAGGUGAUCAAGACGAUCCAGUUCGACCCGGGCACGCUCGUCUACGACGCCUGCCGAGUCAUCCGGGACAAGGUGCCGGACUCGGCCCUCGGAGACGCCAAGGAAUAUGGGCUGUUCUUGACAGACGACGACCCCAAAAAAUGUGGCUGCUGGCUGGAGAGCGGCAAGGCCUUGGGCUACUACCUGCUCAAGUCUGGGGACACGCUGGAGUACCGCAAGAAGCUGCGGCCGCUGCGGGUCAAGAUGCUGGACGGGUCAGUCAAGACGGUCCUAGUGGACGACAGCCAGCCCAUCGCCAACCUCAUGGUCGUCAUCUGCACCAAGAUCGGCAUCACGAACCACGACGAAUUCUCGCUGGUACGCGACCUCCCUGACGAGAACAAGGAGCCAAACACUGGCACACUGACACUGCGCAGGGAGAAGAAAGACAAGGAUCAGAAGAUGGAGCAACUCAAGAAGAAGCUCAAGACGGACGACGACCUGAACUGGGUGGACCACUCCAAGACGCUGCGCGAGCUCGGAGUGGACGAGGAGGAGAUGCUGACCCUGCGUCGCAAGUACUUCUUCUCCGACUCCAACGUGGACUCGCGCGACCCUGUGCAGCUGAAUCUGCUCUACGUCCAGGCUCGGGACGCCAUCCUGAACACGACGCACCCGGUGACUCUGGAGGAGGCGUGCAAGUUUGCGGGUCUCCAGUGCCAGAUCCAGUUUGGAGACCACAACGAGACCAAGCACAAGCCGGGAUUCCUCGACCUCAAAGAGUUCCUGCCCAAGGACUAUGCCAAGAUCAAGGGCAUUGAGAAGAAGGUGUUUGCGGAGCACCGCAAAGCCAUUGGCACCUCCGAGCUGGAUGCCAAGGUCAAGUACGUGGCCCUAGCACGAUCCCUCAAGACGUACGGCGUCACUUUCUUCCUCGUCAAGGAGAAGAUGAAGGGCAAGAACAAGCUGGUCCCCCGGCUGCUGGGAGUCACCAAGGACAGCGUGAUGCGUCUCGAUGAGCGCACCAAGGAGAUCAUGAAGGUGUGGCCCCUGACGACAGUGCGUCGCUGGGCGGCAUCCCCCAACAGUUUCACCCUGGACUUCGGGGACUACUCGGAGUCCUACUACUCGGUCCAGACGACGGAAGGGGAGCAGAUCUCGCAGCUGAUUGCGGGCUACAUCGACAUCAUCCUCAAGAAGAAAAAGGCCAAGGACCACUUUGGCAUUGACGGGGACGAGGGUUCCACCAUGGUGGAAGACAGCGUGUCUCCUGCCAAGGCCACGAUCCUGCAGCACACACCAGCGGCCAAGCCCUCGCUCCCGAGCACGGGUUCGGUGGCCCUCCCAGCCGUGGUGCGGCCCGGAGCACAGGGGCCCCAGCUGGGUGUCCAGGGCCACAUGCCUUCCCCGCAACAGCAGACGGAGACCGGCCAGGCCAUCUCUGCGCACACAGCAGCCGUGCCCCCGCAGCAGCCGCACGUGCGGGAGCUCCCGUCAGAGCCCCAGAGGGCGCUGCUGAGCAGCCUGGACGCGGGACGGGAGGCCGUGCAGGCCUCGCUGCGAGAGCUGGACCUCCCGGAGCAGCGUCCCCAACUGGGCAGCGACCCGGCCUCGCUGCAGUGGAAGCAGCAGAGCCUGGACACCCACAAACAGAACCUGACCUCCCAGAUCGCCGCCAUGAACGCCGCCACUGCUCAAGUGGUCACCCUUACGUCGGGCCCGCCGGAGGAGGUUGACCAGCCGGCUGUUGGGGCAGCCAUCACCACCAUAGCGAGCAACCUGCCCGAAAUGUCCAAGGACGUGAAGAUGAUAGCUGCCCUGAUGGACGACGAGGACUCUGGGGACAAGCUGCUGGACGCGGCACGCCGCCUCUGCAACGCCUUCUCGGACCUCCUGCGGGCUGCAGAACCCCAGAACAAGGAGCCACGGCAGAACCUGCUGAACGCCGCGAGCCGGGUGGGCGAGGCGAGCCACGCGGUGCUGUACACCAUCGGCGAGGAGGACGAGGCAGACGCAGAGCUUCAGGACCAGCUGCUGGGCGCGGCCAAGCAGGUGGCCAAUGCCACGGCAGCCCUGGUGCUGCAGGCCAAGAAGGUGGCCUCGACGGCCCCGGAUCAGGGCCACCAGAACAGGGUCAUCGGGGCCGCCACCCAGGGGGCCCUGGCCACCUCGCAGCUGGUGGCCUGUGCCAAGAUUGUGGCCCCGACCAUCACGAACCCGAGUUGCCAGGAGCAGCUGACGGAGGCCUCCAAGGAGGUUGCCAAGAGCGUGGACAGCAUCGUCGCCACCUGCGAGGACGCGACGCAGGAGCAGCCCCUUCUGGGCGACCUGCGUGCCGCCGCAGCCCGGGUGAGCCACGCCCUGGAGGAGCUGCUGUUGCUGGUGCGUGGCGCCCCCGAGCGCAGGGCCCGGGCCUCGGCACACGACGGGGCCCUUGACACCAUCUUGGACGCCACCGACCGGCUGUUCUCCUCCACGGGCGACGCCCCCGAGAUGGUGCGCCAGGCCAAGGUGCUCGCACGUGCCACUGCUCAGCUGAUCCAGUCUAUCAAAGGAGAGGCCCAAGCCCAGCCGGACUCGGACCAGCAGAAGCGUCUGCUGGCCGCCGCCAAGGUGCUGGCAGACGCCACGGCACGCAUGAUCGAGGCUGCCAAGGGCUGCGCCAGCAACCCCCACGACUCGGAGAACCAGGCGGCGCUGCGGCGGGCGGCGGAGGAGCUGCGCAACGCGACCAAUGUGGCCGCCAGCAAUGCCCUCAAGCGCAAGAUUGUUGUGCGACUCGAGAAUGCGGCCCGGCAUGCCUCUGCGGCCGCCACGCAGAACAUUGCGGCUGCCCAGAAUGCGGGCCCCUACAACAGCAAUGCCAUGCUGCAGGACGAGCUCAUGGGCACCUGCAGGGAGGUGGCCAGCGUGAUCCCGCGGGUGGUGCAGGGCAUCAAGGGGACGGUGGCUGAACCAGACAGCCCCGUGGCACACCUCAAGCUGGUCUCCUCUUGCCAGGACAUGCUACAGCCGACAUCUGAGCUGGUGGCCUCGUCCAAGGCGUGUGUUCCAACAGUGGUGGAGCCAGCAUGCGCCAUGCAGCUGAGCAACGCAGCCAAGCAGACCUCCCUGACCCUGGCUGACCUGCGCAGCGCCCUGGGCAAGGCCCAGGAGGCGUGUGGCCGGCGUCAGCAGGAGAUCGACAGCGCCCUGGAGAUGAUCCGGGAGCUAGACCGGGAGCUGGAGGACCUGCGCAAGGCGGCCCUCACGUCCCAGCUCAGGCCCCUGCCCGGGGACAACAGCGACCUGUGUGCCCUGAAGCUGGGUGCCACCUCCAAGGUCGUGGGUUCCUCCAUGGCCCAGCUGCUCACCGCUGCCUCCCAGGGCAACGAGAGCUACACAGGCACAGCGGCCCGUGACACGGCGUCUGCGCUGAAGCAGUUGACGGGGGCGGUGCGCGGGGUGGCGGCGACGUCCAGCGACAGUGCCCUGCAGACGCGGCUGGUGGACCACGCCCGGGAGGUGCUGGACCGGUCUUGCCAGCUGCUGGAGGAGGCGCGCCAGGCGGUACUGCGCCCGGACGACCCGGACAAGCAGCAGCGGCUGGCUCAUGUGGCCAAGUCGGUGUCGGCUGCUCUCAACUCCUGCGUCAACUGCCUGCCGGGUCAGAAGGACGUUGACGACACCAUCCGCUCCAUCACCGACAGCUCGCAGGCCCUGAACGCCCGGGAGUUCCCGUCGAGCGGGCGCCCAUACGGGGAGCUGCAGGCGGGGCUGACAGAGGCAGCGGCGGGGCUGCAAGAGGCGACGGGCCACGUGGUGCAGUCGUCGAGGGGCAACGCGGCCCAGCUGGCCUCGUCGGUGCGCCGCUUCGGGGGCGCCUUCGGCACCCUGCUGGGCUGCGGCCUGGAGAUGGCGGGCCAGGCGCGGGACGCCGAGGCCCGGGCCCAGAUGGUGGUCAGCCUGAAGAAUGUGUCCAUGGUGUCCAGCAAGCUGCUGGUGGCCGCCAAGUCGGUGGCCGCGGAUCCCGGGGCCCCCAACGCCAAGAACCAGCUGGCGGCGGCCGCUCGGGCCGUUACCGAGAGCAUCAACCACCUGGUGGACGUGUGCACCUCGGCCGCCCCGGGCCAGAAGGAGUGCGACGGUGCCGUCAGGGCUAUACAGAUGAUGCGUCCCCUGCUGGACCAGCCCAACGAGCCGGUGAACGACCUCACCUACUUCGACUGCCUUGACACGGUGAUGGAGAAGUCGCAGAGCCUCGGGGACGCCAUGACGGGCAUUGCCAACCACGCCAAGAGGAGCGAGCACGAGCAGUUCGGGGAGAGCGUCAAGGAGGUGUCAUCCGCCAUCUGCGGCCUGGUCGAGUCUUCGGCACAGGCGGCGUACCUGGUGGGAGCAUCAGAUGCCUCAAGUGUGGCGGGUAAGCCCGGCCUGGUGGACCUGGCCCACUUUGCCCGGGCCAGCCAGGCCAUCCAGAUGGCCUGCCAGCAGCUCUCCAACCCCACCAGCAGCCAGCCACAGAUCCUGUCUGCGGCCACGGUGAUAGCCAAGCACACGUCGUCGCUCUGCAACGCCUGCCGGGUGGCCUCCUCCAAGACCAUGAACCCGGUGGCCAAGCGCCACUUUGUGCAGUCGGCCAAGGACGUGGCCAGCGCUACUGCCAGCCUCGUCAAGGAGAUCAAGGUACUGGACCAGGAGCCGAACGAGGUGAACCGGCAGAGGUGUGGGGACGCGACGCGCCCCCUGGUGGAGGCCGUGGACAGCCUGACCACCUUCGCCAGCUCACCAGAGUUUGCGGGCAUGCCGGCCAGGAUCAGCCACAAGGCCCGGGCAGCUCAGGAGCCCAUCACGUCUGCGGGGCGCACCAUCAUCGACGGGUCGUGCAGCCUGAUCCUGUCGGCCAAGUCCCUGGCCCUGAACCCCAAGGACCCCCCGGCUUGGCAGAGCCUGGCCAGCCACAGCAAGGAAGUAUCAGAUGGCAUCAAGAGGCUCGUCUCCUCCAUCCGGGACAAGGCCCCCGGGCAGAAGGAGUGUGAGGAGGCGAUAGAGCGUCUCAACGCCUGCAUCCGCGAGCUGGACCAGGCCUCCCUGAACAUCCUCAGCCAGAGCACCAUGCCCCACGCCGACAGUAGCCUCAAGGCCUACCAAGAGCAGAUGGAGAACAGUGCCUCGGAGAUCCUGGAGAAGAUUGAGCCCCUGCGCUGCGCCGCCAAGGGCGAGGCCGAGAAGCUGGGACACGCGGUGACCCAGAUGGUGGGCUACUUGGGCCCCCUUGUGCAGAGUGCAGUGGCGGGUGCCACGCGCACCGUCAACUCUAAACAGCAGAUGGCGCUCCUGGACCAAACCAAAACCGUUGCAGAGUGCUGCCUACAGCUCGUCUACGCGGCCAAGGGUGCGGCAGGGAACCCCAAGGCGGUGCACGUUCAUGCCGACGUGGACGACGCGGCGGAAGGGGCGCGGGACGCGCUGCAGGAGCUGCUGCGCACCCUGGAGGCACUGGCCACGGAGGCCGGCGUGGUGACGGGCCUGGUCGAGUCGGUCAGCAAGGCCAUGUACCGGCUGGAGGAGCGCACGGUUGUCACCCUCCUCGGCAGCAGCCCACAGCCACAGGAGCUGUCAUAUGUGGACUACCAGACGCGCAUGGUGCGCUCUGCCAAGGAGGUGGCCCGGGUGGCCCAGGACAUGGUGGCCCACGCGAGCCACGACCCCAGCCGGCUCACGCCCCUGGCCGCAGACCUGUCCCACCAUUACGCCGCCCUCGCCGCCGACGCCAGGGGGGCCAUGGCCGCCACCGCCAGCUCAGACGUGUCUGGCCGCAUCCGCACUGGGGUGCAGGACCUGGGCAAGGCCUGCAUCAACCUGACCAAGUCGGCAGGAGCCUGCCAGGGCAGUCCCGGGGACACCUACCGCCAGAGGGAGGUGGCCGACAACGCCCGAGUGGUCUCCGAAAAGGUGUCGCACAUACUGGCGGCGCUGCAGGCGGGCUCACGGGGCACCCAAGCGUGCAUCAACGCGGCCAGCACAGUGAGCGGCAUCAUCGGAGACCUGGACACCACCAUCAUGUUCGCCACGGCUGGCACCCUGCAUGCACAGGGUGAAGGGGACAAAUUCGUCGACCACCGGGAAAGCAUCCUGAAGACCGCCAAGGCCCUGGUGGAGGACACCAAGACCCUGGUGGCCGGCGCCGCCUCGAGCCAGGAGCAGCUGGCCGUCGCCGCACAGAACGCCGUCACCACCAUCCUGCAGCUGGCGGAGGUGGUGAAGCUGGGUGCAGCGUCCCUGGGCUCGCACAACACCGAGGCCCAAGUGCUGCUUAUGAAUGCGGUCAAGGACGUGGCGUCUGCCCUGGGAGACCUGGUGCAGGCCACCAAGGCGGCCUCGGGGAAGAACAUCGACGACCCAGCCAUGGCCUACCUCAAGGACUCGGCCAAGGUGAUGGUGACGAACGUGACCUCCCUCCUCAAGACGGUGCGUGCCGUGGAGGAUGAGCACGCCCGGGGCACGAGGGCCCUCGAGUCUACGGUGGAGGCCAUCUGGCAGGAGAUCAGGGCCUUUGACUCGGGCGACCCGCCGAUGCGCAAGGCCACCCCCGAGGACCUGGUGCGUGCCACCCGCCCGGUGACCCUGGCCACCGCCAAGGCCGUGGCUGCAGGCAACAGCGGGCGCCAGGACGACGUCAUUGUGGCGGCCAACAUGGGCCGCAAGGCCAUCUUUGACCUCCUGGCCACCUCCAAGUCGGCGUCUUGCCUGGCCGAGACCCAGGACCUGAGGUCGCGGGUGCUGGGCUCUGGGCGGGACUGUGCGGUGCGCUACCGGGAGCUGCUGCAGGCAGUGCUGGAGGUGGUGCAGAGGCCCACCAGCGAGGGCAAGCAGUCCCUGGUGGCCUCCUCGCGCAGCAUCGCCAUGUCCGUCACGGACAUCGUGGCCGCCGCAGAGGCCCUCAAAGGCAACGACUGGGCAGACCCCGACGACCCAACAGUGAUUGCCGAGACAGAGCUGCUGGGGGCGGCGUCCUCUAUCGAGGCGGCCGCCCGCAAGCUGGCCAACUUACAGCCACGCAGGAGCAUCAAGGAGGCGGACGAGAGCCUCAACUUCGACGAGAUGAUCCUGGAGGCGGCCAAGUCCAUCACGGCGGCCACAUCUGCCCUGGUGCGCGCCGCCUCCGCCGCCCAGAGGGAGCUGGUGGCAGCCGGAAAGCUGGGUGAACGACCGCUGUACACCUCGGAUGAUGGCCAGUGGUCCGAGGGACUGGUGUCGGCGGCUCGCCUGGUGGCAGCGGCCACUCACAGCCUGGUGGAGUCUGCCAACUGGCUGGUGCAGGGCCAGGCUUCGGAGGAGAAGCUCAUCUCCUCUGCCAAGCAGGUGGCCAGCUCCACCGCCCAGCUGCUGGUGGCCUGCAAGGUAAAGGCAGAGCCCGACUCAAGCUCGAUGCGAGGCCUCCAGGUGGCAGGCAACGCAGUGAAGCAGGCCACAGACCACCUGGUGCGGGCGGCCCAGCAGUCCAUCGAGCAGGAGCAGGAGUUCCGGCUGGUGGUAAACCGCCGCAUGGUGGGCGGCAUCGCCCAGGAGAUCGUGGCCCGCGAGGAAAUUCUGCGCAAAGAGCGCGAGCUCGAGGAGGCCCGGGAGAAGCUGGCCCAGCUGCGCAGGGCCAAGUACGGCAGCCAGCCACAGGACUCGCUUUGAGGCCCUGCUGCCGCCCCGGGGGGGCACCCACGCAUUUACUCCGCCCGCGGAGACCCUUUUGUAACGCGGCCGUUGGUGCAAUAGCCUCGCCGAACCCCGGCAGAGAGCCCUCUCGUCGCAACGUGCAAAAGCGACAUAUCCCGUACAAUGAGGCCAUGGUGCCGGAUCUUCUAGGUCGCCUACCGGAGAGCGGAGUGCAGAUGGGACACGAGCGCUGCGUCGAUGUUUGGAUGGGACAGUGGGGUGCCUACCAACUUCCGGGGAUUGUCGGGGAACUUUAAAGCAUCUAAAAAUGUUGUGGAAAUCGUCAGAAAGUCGGUUAAGUCGGGGGCAAAUGACCCACGUGGGCGACGCAGUGACAGGCAACCAAGUGGGAGAGUGCAAGGUGCGGUAGCGUGGACGGCCGUCGCGCCGAGCGACGAUUGCACAACUCGAUUCACCGGAUUAAACGGGAAUAGCUCGAAUGGGUGUCGCAACCUCGUCCUCCACGUCUUCUUCUCUGGAUUGGUCGAGGCAGUUAAUGGAAAUAUUUGACGAAAAUGUUGAAAAGUCAAGAAAUUUGAGGGAAGCGAUUUGUUAGACAGCCUGAAUCAGCAGUGACACGAGCCCCAGCGGUGCACCAACGCAGUACCCACGUCCAAUAUGUCCCCCACACUCGUGUCCGGUGGGUGACGUAGAGAACCUGGCACUGCACCUCGUCGCCCGGGAGGUGUCUGCUCGACGUCGCGGCGGGAGGAGCCGGCCGGGGCGGCUAAGUGCGCCGCGGUUGUCCCAAUCAAGUGCCUUGUAGAGUUUUAGCGGCAGAGCCUGGUUCUUCUGCGGAACCGACUAACAAAUUGCGGUGAGAUGCUUCCAAUGUGUUUGCUUUGACAAUAAACUCUAUCAAAGUUAGCCUUCCAACUUAA